AUGCCCAAGAAAACCAUUUUGGACAGAGGAAGGGUCUUUAAUAAUAAAUUCCUGAAAGCACUGUACAAGCAACUUGGGAUAGGCCCCCACUUUUCCUUGGCCUACCACCCACAGAGCAACAGACAAACCAAAUGUGUGAACCCAUCAGUUGAGCACUUUCUAGGGGCAUACUCCAGUAUCAAUCAGAGGGACUGGACCAGGUGGCUCCCUAUGGCCAAGUUUGCCUAUAACAAUGCAGUCCACAGCAGCACAGGGAAAACACCAUUCAAAGCCUUAUAUGGAUGGGAACCUUUGUUAACUCCCAGAAAUAUCCCUACAGAUGUGCUGGAAGCAGACAAUCUUGCCCAAGUAAUGGAAAGCCAAUGGAAAGAGACCCUGAGCCCCAAGCUAACAGAACAACACUUGGGACCAUUCAAGAUUAUCAAAAAGAUCUCUGACAGGGCCUACCAACUAGAACUUCCCCCUUCAAUGAGAAUCCACAAUGUCUUCUAUGUGGAAUUACUGUCAAAAGUCAAAAUGAACAAGAAAAAGGUUUUCAAAAACAGACCACCACCAGUCACAGUAGACAGAGAAGAGGAAUACAAGGUGGAAGGAAUCACAGAUAUGGAAGAACAGAAUGGAGAAUGGUUUUUUAGGGUGAAAUGGAAAGGCUACAGAUCAGAGGAUGUCAUAGACACAAUUGAUACCAGGGAAUUCAUUCUCAUUUUCUCAAAUUUAAACAAAAGGAAACAAAGGACAUUUUUGAUCACAUGA